UCAUCAUCAUCAUCUCUGGCCGCCACCUUCUCAACCACCGGGUCUUGCCUUUUGUGCGCUGAAGUAAUCUAGCAGAAUGGGUGAGACUGACGUGACUACGGAGCUUAGAAGCACGGUGUCGUCCCGGUCUAGUACCACGGAGUCCGGAAGCAAGGAAGGCAAACGCACCAUCGUCAGAGUGGGCUGCGUCGUCAUCGUGCUCCUGGCGAUCAUCGACGCAGUGCUGCUCUACCUCUGGUUCACGGCGCCUCCACGUGCUGGAUCCCGCACGGCUGGAAAGCUGCUCGGGGAUGGAGACGACGACGACCCCUACGGAGACGACGAGGGACCCUUGCUUAUGGACUUGUUGAAACCGAAGGACAGCCGCACCGGUGUCUGGCGGCUCUGUUCCACAGACGGCUGCUCUUGGCUGGAGGCCUACAUGGGCGAAGACUCUGCCGAGGUGCCCGCUCCCUGCGACGAUUUCUACUCGCACGCCUGCGACCGGCACGCCUACUCCGUCUACGCGGACGGCCGCGCCAGGCUGAUGGAAGCCAUGACGGACGCCCUGCUGCGCCCGUCAGAGCUUCCGGGCGCGCUGGCGCAUGGCACUGCGGUCGGUUCCAGAGGAGAGCUCCACAGCCGACACGGACCGGAAGUGCACGAAGGUGACGUGGAGGUGCUUCAGAAAUGCCUCGAUCGAGGCCUGCCCAUCGUCAGCGCCAGCGACCUCGACAGCGACUGCGAGCAGACGUCGGCGCCAGGGUGUCCACCUCGAACACCGCUAGCGCUGGCCGAGGCGUCUGAGAAUUUCUUCAGCAGGAAACGCAAUGCCACCAUACGUGACUACGCUGCCUUCAUCGAAAAGCUGUCUGUCCAUGCAAGUGGGGACAAAACCAAGGGCGCUACCAAGUUCGGUAAUCGAGGCCGCGCUCCACCCCAGCGACCCGCGCUCUCCGCGCCCUGGUUCAAACGCGCGUGCCACUGGGUCUCGCGUGCGGCGCGGUGCCACCUGAGGGGCAACCUGGGACGUUCUGACGCCGAUCUUCGCGCCUACCAGCGCGCCUGGAAAGCCCUCUACUUCGCGCCUUUCAUGGGGCUGCAGGCAGAGCUUCUGCUGGGUUUUCUGUACAAGGUUCCUCCCGCGCCACGCGUUCACGCCUGCCUCUCGAUCAUGGCGGACGUCUUCGAAGACGACGCGUUCGCCGUCGCCAAGCAAGUGCUCGCCGACGCGGUCGACGACCUCGAAGGCUCACUGUCGCAGCUCGGCCGCGACGCACGCGUCGCGAUGCGGGAAUCUACCCGCUCCAUGAUGGCCGAGGCAGCGGGAGAUCCGCAGUACCUUGCCUCCCCGCGUAAAAUUUUAUCGCAAGAUGAAGGAGAUGACCUCAAUGUUGUCCUCGUGGACUCCUACCAGGCUUCAGUUGAAAACAUGACCUUUUUCUCAUCUCAGGCUCGUUUCGGUGACAGAAACCGCCGACGCGUGUUUCUAGUUACCCCCGGACUGCUGGGUCUGCUGGUGAAUGCCUCGUCAAGCGUGGAACCCGUUCUGGUGCCCGCUCUGGCGAAACCGCUACUGCGCGCAAUGCUCACGAACCGGCAAUCGCAGACAAUCUCGGACGCUGUGCCACCAGCGCGAGUUCUGAACAAGCUGACACGCUGCUUUACAACGCGGUUCAACGUCAGUCAGUCUUUGAGUCCGGAGGUGGCAGCGGAGCUCGUGGUACUGGAGCCCCUCUUCCAGCUCUACAGGAAACGGCUGACCGAAUCUAUUCCCAGCGACACCGUGCUGCACGCCAGCUACACCAACCAGCAGCUUUUCUUCCUUCUCUGGGCACACGGACAUUGCGGUGACCCGAACGGGCGCGUCCUCGUCAAUACCGUGGCGAGGAACUAUCCCCGCUUUGGCCGAAACUUCCGAUGUUCGGCAGCCAAGCACACGGCCCACGAAAAAAGCUGCUCUCUCAGCAACCAAGUGUAAUAGAAAAAACGGUGUUUUUUUGGGUAGGCGUGGUUGAACGUUGUUGUGGCUCGGCGAAUGGCGUCCCAAGGCGCCCGCUGCUACGCUACCACCUUCUAGAGCGUCGGAACCUCAGCGCCAUCAACGAGUAAAAUGCAAAUUUUGAAUAAAUUCU